AUGGGGCCAACUCUUUACAUGCUCCCCCCUAGUCCUCCUGUCAGAUCUGUUCUAAUGUGUGCUAAAGCCAUCGGGGUGGACCUGAAUUCCAUAAAGGUCGAUUUGUUAGCAGGAGAUCAUCUCAAGCCGGAAUUUCUCAAGAUGAAUCCUCAGCAUACAAUUCCAGUUCUUGAUGAUGACGGUUUCAUUUUGCCAGAUAGUCACGCCAUCAUGCCAUAUCUGGUGUCGAAAUAUGGCAAGGAUAAGACUCUUUACCCUACUGAUUUACGAGAAAGGGCCAUAGUAGACCAUCGUUUGCACUUUGAUAGCAGCAUUCUUUUCAACAGGGGACUCAUAAUUUCAAGGAGCCUAAUUUUUGAAGAAGCCAAAGAAAUUCCUCAAAAGCUUCUGGACCAGCUAUCAGAAGCCUUCUACAUGGUGGAGAAAUUCCUUCAGAAGAAUGAGUAUGUUGCAGGGAAUCAGAUGACCAUUGCAGACUUCAGCUUCGUCACCAGCAUCACCUCUUGGGCAGUGUUUGUGCCGCUCUCAGAAGCGCAAUUUCCCAAGAUUACGGCUUGGUUGAAGAAAAUGAAGCAGUUGCCGUACUAUAGGGAGAAUCAAACCGGGUUGGAUCAGUUUUUGCAGCUUAUGGAAACAAAAAUGCCAAAAUGA